CGUUCGGGUCCGGAUAUUCGGUUAUUUACAAAUUGUAUCCAAUGAGUACUUGGAACAGUUCGGUUCGGUUUCGGAUCGGUUUUCGGUCGGUUCCGGGUCGGUUCCGGAUAUUAAAUUAUUAAACCAAAACUAAUAUUUUUAUGUAUUUUAUAUUUUCUAUUUUUAUUUUUAUUUUUUUUUUAAAAUAGUUUAAUCCAAAUCGGAUAUAUAUGUAUAGUUUGAAAGUAACUACAACGAAAUAGAAGUGGUGCAGUGGUAAAAGUUGAUGUACUUUCAACUUUCCCACCCGGGUUCGAAACCCAUGAGGCGCAAAUCCAUGUUUUUUAAACAUUAUUUCGGUUUAAACGGGUACCCGAUCGGAUCCGGAUAAAAACCCGAACCGACCCGAUACCCGUGGAUAUUCAUAAACAUUACCCAUCGGUUAAAUAUGCCUUAUCCGAAACCGAUCCGAACCGGUCCAUUUCGGGUCGGAUCCGGUUCGGUAUUCGGUUCCGGUUAAAAAGUCCCAGGCCUAUGGGGAUCAAUCAAUUCUGGGUUUUCUCGUCUACUUCUUAAAUAAAUUUUACAGAGGGAAAACAAAAAAAAGCGAAAAAGGAAAACGUGAGAAACGAAAAAAAGUAACAGUUGGUGACGAUCAAAGUCAUCUUUCUCGCAAAAUCCCUUCUUCGGAAUCAUCCAUCAUCAAAAGAGUCACACAGGUUUAGGAAGAAAAGGGAUGAUUCGAUCGUGAAUUUGAAUUAAAGAUUCUGCAGUUAAAAUGUGGAAGCUAAGUGAGGAGAAGAGCGGAGACGUGGCCGGUCUAACACCGGUUUACCUCAAUGUCUAUGAUCUAACCCCUGUCAAUGAUUACCUCUAUUGGUUUGGCAUCGGCAUUUUCCAUUCCGGAGUAGAGGCUCAUGGUAUGGAAUAUUGCUACGGAGCUCACGAGUAUUCAUCGAGUGGGGUCUACGAGGUAGAGCCUAAGAACUGCCCUGGCUUCAUCUUCAGACGCUCUCUUCUCCUGGGAACUACAACCAUGUCCCCUUCUGAUUUCCGCUCUUACAUGGAGAAGCUCUCGUCCAAGUACCACGGUGACACUUACCAUUUGAUCGCCAAGAACUGUAACCAUUUCACCCAAGAGGUUUGCUUGCAGCUCACGGGUCAGCCUAUUCCUGGAUGGAUCAAUCGCCUCGCCCGUUUAGGUUCGUUUUGUAAUUGUCUUUUACCAGAAAGCAUUCAGCUCACAGCUGUUAGUGCUCCUUCCGAACGCCUUGAGUUCUCUGAUGAGGAUGAAUCGAACUCAGAGGCAUCUUCUGUGUCAGAUGAUGAUGAAGAAGAAGGAUCAGAGAAGCAUCUCAUUAACGUUGCAGACAGAGAUGUUGUGUAUCUACAAAACAAACCAGUGCGACUUACCAGAGAGUAGAUACCCUGAGAAGCCAACCAGCGACUACUUCCUCCUUUGAAGCUACCCUCAGAACUUACAGUGUUUGUUACACAAUAUAGCCAUGGAAACCCAAAAAGGGGGGUAAAGUUAUAUUCGUCUCCUUAUUGCUGCGCUUGUUCUGCGUUAAAAAAAAAAAUCAGUUUAGUAUUCUUCUCAUUCUAGAAAUGUAAAAAACAUCUUCCAGAUUUUAUAAAAGUUAAGCCACCCCUUUCUCAGUAAAA